AUGUUCUCCUUCGAGCAGGGCAGCGAGACGCGAUCACGCUACCCGACCGACGCCUCGCCCCUGCUGGGCCGCUUCCGCGCCGUCCCGCGCACGGGCGGCGGAAACACCAGCGCCAGCAACAGGCGCGGCAGCCUCGGCCUGCUGUCUCGCGCGUCGUGGCGCGGCAGCGUGCACGUCGGGUACGGCGCCACCGCGUUGCUGGCAACGGGCCUGGGCGACGACGACGAUGAUGAUGACGAAUCCGACGAAUCUGACGACGACGACGACGACAACGAGGCGGGCUAUGAUGGCGCCGGGGCCGGGAGGAGGGGGAGGAAAAGGCUUGCGGCGUGGUUCCGGAAGAGGUGGAAGAGGAUAGACGACCUGUGGAUCAACCCCAAGCAGGGCGCCGUCAGGCGGGUCGCGAGCGUGUGGUACUCGCGGUGGUUCGUGCUGGUGGUGCUCCCCGCCGCCCUAGCCGUCGGGUGGUGCGCGAUCCCCUUCCCGCAGUACCCGCUCAGGGACGGGCCAGAUGACGGCGACGGCGGCGACGGCGGCAGCGGCAACUCGACCUCGAUCAGUGAUCCGGGGCGUCGCAAGUCGCGUGGCCACGGCAGGGCCCAUGCCGAGGUCAACUUCUGGUUCUUCCUGUUUGUCUACUACGCCUUCUACAACCUGACGGCCUUGGUGUGGAUCACAAAGGUGUUCAACCUGUACAGCCUGAACUGGUGGCCGUCGACGCUGGGCUUCCCGCUCACCAUCUGCAUGAUCGCCGUGCUGGGCACGGUCGGCCCGGUCGUGCUGUACUACAUACCCGAGGCCGAGUUCCUGACGGUGCACAACACGGUCUGGAUCACGUGGACGUUCUGCAUCAUGGCCAUGCCCGUGGUCAUCGCAAGCUUCAUCCUUCUCACCAAGGAGCGCCACAUGGGGCUGCGCCACUCCAUGUCGGAGACGCAGCGCAUAUUCACGUCCUCGUGGUGGGCGAGCGACGGCGGCUUCGAGUCGCCCGAGAUCAGGGUCAACGGCCGCCGGCGACCGGAUCCGAAUUUGUGGAAUGAGCCAGAGAACGCGCUGAACAUCGGUGGCGCCCCCGUCGGCCAGCCUCCGCCCCGCCGCCGGAUCCCCGUCCGCCUCAAGCCACGCUUCUUCCCCGCCUCCUUCGUGCGCUUUGUCUGGUUUUGUACAGCGUUGUUUAUCGGACUGCUCGCGCUCGUGAUAGGAGAGGCGUACGCAGAGGUCUACCUUAGGACACUGCCGCACAGCAGUUUGGACACGAUAGUACGCGAGGAGGGCAUGGCAAAGUCGACGAGGCUAAUAUUCGAGCACAGCUACUUCAUGCUAACCUACCAAACCUACGUCCGUGCGCUGUACGCGCGACUGCGCUCCCCCAGCCAGUUCAUCCUGCUGCAGAUCCUCUCCUCCUCCGGCCUCAUCAUCGUCACGCCUAUCCUCCUCUCCGCACCCGUCCACUGGCUCCUUACAGCCAUCGGCGUGAACGGGCAGUCGUACGCCGCCUACCAGAAAGUCGGAGUCCGUAACGUGUUCAUCCGAUUUGUCGCAGAGAACGCGUCCAUGCUCUGCUUCCUGGGCAGCGUCGCGACGCUGCACUUCGGCGCAAACAAGGCCGUCUACCCCUACUUCAGCUUCGACGAGGAUGACUCGUCCGUCAGCGGGGACCCGUACGACUACACCUUCGAGCUGACCUUCUACGCCUCGGCCGUGACGUGGGCCUGCGAGCUUGUCGCGAGCUGUAUCGUGGCGGGGCUGAUCAAGUGGAUCUACGGCGUGAAUGUGGUCACGGAGGGGAGUCUCGACCUGGCCGUCUGGCCCGAGCUUUUGCCGACGAGCGUGGUCGUCGUCUUGCAUGUGCUGCAGAACAUGCUGUUCUCGAUUGUGAGGUUACAGUUCCGCUGA